AUGAAGGAACUAGAAGAAGUCAAUUGUGAGAUUCGCAGGAUUGUGAAACUUCAAUUUCCUGUGUCAAAUUGGUUAAGAAAUUUAGAGUAUAGUCAGUCUGCAAAUCUCCAAGAUUACGACAAUGUUAGUGAAUGUCGUGGAGAAUUUCUACACGAUGCAACAUAUGCAUGGUUGAGUUAUGGUUGCCACUUGGUAGUUUUUAAUGUAAAAAUAGGAGAAACCGUUAGCAGUUGGGUAUUUCGUGGUAUCGUAAAAUCAGUUUCCCAAUUUCCUACUCAAUCUGGAGAUUUUCCAUUACUACUGGUUGGAAUAGAUAAUUGUGCAAGCAAAUUGAAAGAUUCUUCUGGUUUAUUGUGUAUAUUUGACUGCACUACAUCCCGCGUUUUGAGAGCUAUUCGUAUGCCAUGUGGGAUAGAACAAGUAUGUGUUGUGGCGGGUGGUGCCGAAUGGGAGGAAUUCAAUGAUAAAAGACCUGAUAACCUACUAAGCGAAAUGGAUGGAAUGGCCUGUGUAGUUUUGCGUAAUCUACAUCAUAUCAUGAUUGAUCUUCGGAGAACUGUAUGGGAUAUGGAUGAUUUGUCUAUUAUUAUGGAUGAAACAUCACCAGCAGAGAUACAUUUUCCAUCAGCGAAACAAAUUAUUGAUAGAUGUCAAUUUAUUCGAGAAAAACAUACAGCUUAUAAUUUGCUUAACAAUCGUAUAGAAAAACACAUUGGCUUUAACAGAGAAGAUUUUGAAGCAUCUCCUUUGAUUGGAGAGAGUUUGACCACUGCAAUUAUCAGUUCCACAAAGAUUGGCUGUUUAAUCUCUGGAUGUUUAGGCAGAGUGAUAAUUUGGCAGAAUGAUGGCUCCAUAGGAUGGAUCAGUACACCUAUCGACGAGAAUAUGAUAGUCACACAUUUAGCUUUGUUAGAACCCACUGAUGAUCCCAGACCUUUUUAUUAUUUGUGGGUAGUAUUCCAGGAUGAAUUGUCAAACGCGCCACCGAUAUUGCGAAUGUAUGCUAUGCUAUUUGAAAGGAAAUACUGCGACAGAGAGAUAAACUUGUACUUUAAUUUAGAAAAUGAUCCCAGUCUGAAGUUUGAAUCGGAGUUGAAUGAAGGAGACAAGGUUAUUAGUUUGUGCACUGUUGAGAGAGAAUCUAAUUCAGAACAGACCGAAUCAACGGUUAGAAGAGGCGAAGAUAAUUUACUGCUUAUUGCCACUAGCGACAGAAUAUUUCUGUUUGAUUUGAAUCAGUGGUAUAAAGAGCAAAUGCCACACACUAUUAGCGAGUGUCAAAAUCCAAAUAGCAUAUUGGCAACAUAUCGUAUACGAUCAGACAUACAAAAUGAGGAAGACAGUCAGAUCAUAAGUUUUGCGUAUAUCCCACACAGUUUACAAGAAUUCUCCAGCAAUGGCCCAAACUCAUCGGAGGAACUAUUCUAUCCCAAUUCCUUGUCACUCGAAUGGGUGGAAUUGAACUCAACAAAAUUGACAUUUUGGAUGACUCGUGGUAUUCAGACUGAUUUACUGCGUGAAAUAGCUAUGACAGGUCCUGUUGUAUUGAUACAACCGUUUGAAACGUUUCACAGAUGUCUUUCUGUUGGGUUAGUGCCAUUCAAUUCAGAGUUCUCAUUUUCCAGCGAUCAGAACGCACAACGAGAGAUGUUGUUGUCUCUCUGUUUGGAACAACGAUGGUCCAGUUUUCUGAUAAAAUGUGCUACGGAAUGGUCAGAUGGUAGUGCCUCUUAUUUGUAUCCCACUUUUCUUAAUUGGGGCAUUCAGAGAGCUUCUACAAUAAAAAUAAUUGCGGAUCGACUCUGUAUUCCUCUGUUCGAUCAAUCAGGCAGUAGCAUCGGUGAAACUGACGUGAAAACUUUGCGAUUUUGUUCACAGCAAUUGGAAUGUUUGUCCAAUAUAGUGGCUAAAUUGCCAUCCACAGCGAUUGACUUGAUGAAGCAACGAAAGACGUUAAAACGCGUGUCCUUAUACUUUCAAGUACUCCUUUGGUUCUACGACGUGGGUCUGCUGCCCGAAAUGCAAGAUUUAGAAGAAGAGGAGCAGGCGGCAAUGGCGGCGACGAUAACAAAGACAGUUGAGCAAGAAGAAGAAGGAGAAGAGGAGAAGAAUACGCUAUCUAUUUCCUUAGCGCUAAGAGUGCCUUAUCCCUAUGCGAAGCUUUUAGUGCUUUAUAAAGAAAAACGAGCACAGUUAUUAAAAAACAAUGGCAGCAAUGGUGAAAAUGAAGAAAAUUUAUUUAUUGAUGAGCUGAUAACACGUGAAUGUUCCAUGUUAAAAGCACAAUGGGAAAGAGAGGGUGGCAUCACCAUGCAUGGCUGCUAUCCACCGCCAUCGCUGCAAUCUCUACUACGAUCUUAUUUAACCGAUUGUCAUCAGACGGAAGUAAAUGAGAUCAAUUGUAGACAUCAGAUUACAAUUUACCUCCUGAUGGAUCUAGCUAUGCUGCUGCAGCGGUCGUAUCCCGCAGUGAAACAGCUGAUCAAAUAUCCGUCCGCAUUCAUGAUGAGCCCCAGUCUCAUCAAGCUCACUCAGGCAUUCUGGCUACUCGAUCACGAAAAUUAUCAGGAAUUUCUCGAUACAAUGACCGGUCAAUUAAUUUGUGAUUCUGAUAUUAAGGAUUGGCAUCAUAGAUUCAUAUUGCGCACUUUGGUGCGUAAUAAUCAACACAAACUAGCGCUCUUAUAUCUUCGUGUGAGAAAACCACCCUUGUCCUCCAUAGAAGAACAAGGUAUGGCCAUGAGCCUUUCGGUGGAACAUGGCUUGGUACAGUCUGCUUUCCAUCGUCGACCACCCUGUCAUUACGAACAAUUACUAACCAGCUUUUUUCAAGCAUGUAGAAAAUACAACAGGCUCGACGAAGUUCUGCAUUUAGUGCUCGACUCUGAGGAAGAGGAGGUGUUUGUUAAAUUUCUCGAAGAGAAUAAGAUGGAAGAUUUACGAUUGUUGUAUUAUCUACAACGAUGUCGUUACACGGAAGUAAUUGGCGGCUAUCCGAUUAGACAAUACCAACCAAACGUAAUCAAAGACGUGCAGUCCACGUCAUUCAUUAUGCUCAGCGCAUACGAAAUGACCUUGCCUGAUAUCACGAAACGAUUCUCCAUGAACGCGACCACAAUGAAUUCAGACGCAGAUUUAAAGGCGCGCUAUUCCAGACCGAUGUCACAUUGUAAGAGCCACGAUAAAUUGCGGAAUAUAUAUGAAACAGUGAUUACAAAAGCCAGAGAAACUUAUCUACGAGGAGAGAAAUCUCAAAUCCCGUUUGUCAGUGCACCUUGUACAUCGUUGAAACUCAACAGUCACGGUAUAAACAUGAACUGUGUAUUAUUUCCGACACUGAUGCAUAAGAUUCGCGGCAAACGCACAGUUGAUCAGAUCUAUGAAGAGGACGAUGCAGAUGACAUGUCGAAUAAUAUAAAACGCCGGAAACUAUCAGACGAGAUUAUCUCACCAAGCAAACGAGUUUCGGAAGAAUCGAGGGAGACUUUUGACACACCUCUAGUAAAGCGCAAAUCUAAUGUCUCUAUCAACAAGGAUCGUGUUCUAGAGACACCGCAAUCAAUUUUAAAAAUUAGACAACUUGUAAAAAGCUCGACGUCUCCUACUGUAACGUCCCAAGCAAAGGAGAAUACCGAUGGAUUGUCCGAGAAGGAAAGAAAAGUUAGUAGACAGAUACGAUUUAACAUUAAUCAGUCCAAGAAAACUUUGAUGUAUGAGGAAGAGAAUGAGAAGGAGGAGAGAAGGCAGAAGGAAAAAGAACAAGAUGAUAAUGAGAUCAAUGUUCCCCUUAGUUCGAACGAAAUGAGUAACGAUGCGUUCUUCAGUCCAAACGCAAGUAACGUGCCAGAAUAUUGUGAAAGCGCGAUUUUAAGUGAUAGUAGCAGUGCUUCUGGUAAGAUUCAUUGCUACGCCCGUCCGCGACCCAGUCUCAGAAGAAGUGCCUUAUUACAAUCAUCCGUAGAAACGUCACAGGAAUUUUGCAUGGAUAAAGCGAGUGGCUCAUCCAUAAACUUGUCCACAGCAAACCCAAUGACUUUCGAAAAGAUGAAUGAACAACCGUUUAUUUCAGGUACACCGAGGAAUCGUAGCUCGUUAUUAUCGACCUCUAUUUACUCGACCAGUAUAUUGUCUUCUGAUAGCAGCGUCGAUAUUAGCUACCUUACAAAGACGUCAGGUCCAUCACAAUGGAUAUCGUCCAUGCAAAGAGAGAGUAACAAUAAAUUUAUCACUUCGUCUACUCCACUAACGAAGAUUAUAGUUUCUGAAACAUCUAUUAAUGAUAAGCAAGCCAUGGAAGUAGACAACACGAAUAACUUGUACGAGAUAAAGGAAGAUGUUAAUGUGCUAAGCGAAUCUGAAAAACUUGUACAUGUUGAACAAUUUGGUUGCGGUGGAAGUGGACUGGAUCUCGCGAAACAAGAAGAUAGUUUAGAUAUGGUCGCAGAAAGCAACAAUCUACAGAACGAACACAAUAAUGAAAGAAUUGAUAGGGAAAGUAGUUCAAGUUUACAGAAUUACGAAUUGCCUACACUCUUCGAAUCUGAAAAGGUCCCGGAGUCGAUCAUUUCGGAUGAAUCUGACGAGGAGUUACUUACAUUGCGAAACGACGAAGAUAGUGACGAGCACGAGGAGACGUUCGAGAGUCUGUCCACGAUUUUGGAAGACACGCAAAUGCCUUUGGAUAGUCAUCAAAUGCCUGCUUCUCGUUUGUCGGAAGAAUACAGUAUGACAAAACCUAACGGUUUGCAAGAAUCGGUGCAAAUAAUGGGUGAUGUUGAUUUGACUGACGACGAAUCUGCGAAUAGCAGAGUUGUGACCGGUAUUACACCGGUAGUAUCUGACAAAGUGGAUAAUAACAAAAAAGAUACGCAUUUGAUGUCAAUUAUUCAUUCAGAACAUACAUUAUACGACAUGUCAAAUAUUACAGAUGACGAGUCUGAUUCCAAUGCCAGAGAAGCUGAAGAGCCAAAAGUGCAAAACGAUAGAUAUUCCAAUUUACAAAGAUCUUAUGUCACCCAGAAUGUCGAAUUGGAGAAAAACAGUGAAUCCAAUAACCGUAAGUCAGGUAGAAGCAAGAACGUUUCAAAGGAAGAUCUCAAUAAGGCUCUAUCAUCCCCACAGCAAACCAACGUCGAUGUCCAUGACAAAAUUUUUUCGAGUUGUAUAAAACUAUACAAAGUAGAUAGUAAGACCAAAAUAUCCGAGGAGAUGGCUAAAGAGACGGUUGAGGACACGACUGAGGGAAAGCUAUCAGAUGAUCAAAGUAUCUCGAAAAGUGAAAAGAAUCAAGCUGAGAUGAUGGAUGUUUCAUCCGUACAUAUGACUAGAUCACGUAGAGCAAGUUCGCUGGCAAAAGAUAUCUCGGCACAGCAAGUAGAGCCGGAGAAAGUCACUCGUUUACGAAGAUCAAGUUCAAUGAUGAAGGACUCUUUAAAUUCCCCAAUAGAUUGUUCGUCACAGAAAAUAGAUUUUGAAAUAUUGUCGCGUCCAAAGAGAGCGAAUUUAGCAGCGAAGGAGAUAAGAAUGGAUUCUCCCUCGGGAAAAUUACGUGGUCGAAGAGCGAGCUCUCUCGCGAAGGACAUACUAAUGAGCUCGGUGAUGAGUUUGGAUGAGAAUUGUGAGCCGCAAUCAGGAAAUUCCGACGCGCAAUCAUCAACGAGAAGAGACCGCAGAUGUACAUCUGUAACGAAAGAGAUACCGCAGGUCAUUACGAAGGAUAGCGACUCUGAGAGCGUUAAGGAUGAACAACCAGUAAGGAGAAGCACAAGACUUGCUUCUUUCGCAAGAAAAGUAUUACAGGCGGACGCCCCGACUCUGCGAGGAAGGAGUCUCGCUAGGUCAGAAAGCGCUACAUCGCUCAUCAAACUGGUGAGUGAUGAUGAAGAAGGCGAAAACACGAACAAGAAAUCUUUGCGACGCACGAGGAAGUCUUCGGUGUCGUCCGAUAUGGAUGGUACAACGAUAAGCAGAUCAUUGAGAUCAUCCAUGAGGGAUAAGGAGUGUUCGAAAGACAUUAAAACGAACCGAAAACGCGGCAGUUCAGUACCUAAAGAAAUAAUGACGCUGUCUAUAGGAUCACAGAGACGUAGGUCCAAUAGUAUUAUUAAAGAAGUUAUUGCGGAAGUCGCUGAGCCCCCAGAGGAGUCAAAGAGAUUCGGAAAUUCUUCGGCGAAAGAUACAGAAAAGAUUACCGGUAGACUAACAACAAAUACACGUAUUCGAAGCGCAUCGGUACUCUCCGUGCCGGAGGAAUUGGAGGAAAUUUUGAGUCCGUCAAUGAGAGAGACGAGAUCUACUAGGAAAAAGGCUCUACAAAAUAACGCCAGAGCAAAGAGAGCGUCCAGUGCGGAUAUGACACACACAGAAAUGAAAAGAAGGGUCAAAAAUGUUGACACAAGUAUCACGGUGUUGACACAAGUAUCGCCGAUAGCGGAAGAUCUAGCAGAAGGAGACGAAAAAGUAGAUAUUGAAACCAUGCAAGAUACUCCAGCGCCUAAAAGAAGGACGGCAUCAACCACAAUGAUUAAAGAAUCGAAAAAGGAUAUAGUAAAACCAAGACGAGGUAGACCGCGCAAGAUCAGUGUGGAUCAAGAGUCCAGCAAUCUGUUUUCAUUCUCGCUACCGGAGGAAACAGAUGAUGUGCCAUUGGAGAAAGACAUUGGAGAGGUCCCGAAUUAUGUAUUCUCGCCACCUCAAACCAGAUUUAAUAAAAACAUUUCUUCAAAGCAACGUCGUAUAAAAAUAAGCUCGUCCAUAUCGAGUCCUUACCAGGAAGAACAGCGACCCGCUAGUCAGCAGUCUCGUAACAUCAAAUCUGGCCGUUGCGCUCGUUUAGUUAAAAAUUCUUUCGGAUCACGAUUUCGAACAAGAUUUAUUGUAUCUAAAAAAUCCAAAAAUAGAACAAAUUAAAACUGGAAAUUUUCCAAAAGUUCUGUCACGCACAUUUUAGAUUUGUAAGUCUUUCAAAUACUUGUAAAUUCCUUUCACAUACUCUUCUUUUAC